AUGUGUGAACAAACAAAACGAUAUUUUUGUCCCCGACUUGUUGAUUAUGUAAUUAUAGUUGGUUGUCGUCAUCCAAAUGAAUAUAAUCAUAUUACACAAACGCCCGAAUUACUUCGUCGGUAUCCAUUAGAAGAUCAUAAAGAUUUUGCAUUGCCACCUGAUGUUAUAUUCUUUUGUCAACCCGAAGGUUGUAUCAAUACUGGCCAUCAAAGAACAGGCUUUCAACAAUUAACCUCCUUUGUAUUCACACUAACUGAAAAAGAUUCGAAUCGACAACGAUUUGGUAUAUGUGUAAAUUUUUAUCGACAUUUUUCUCGACGAUCGUGCUCAAUACAUAGUCAUAAUCAACAGAAAACUGAUUGCAAUGAUUCAUCGGAUGAAGGUCCUGGGCUCAAUAGUCAUUUAACUGUUACGCAAGAACAAACUGAUGGAACUGAUAGUAAUGAACGUAAACGUAGAAGACGUUUAAGAAAUAAUACUCUAACAUCUAUUUGUCUUAUAAGUCAUCAUCCUUUUUUUACACGUUUCCGUGAAUGUCUUACUACAUUAAAACAUAUUAUUGACGCUUGUGAUGAACGUUCAUCUGCUAAACGAACUGGUGCAUCUAGAGGAAUAUCAAGAGAAACUGUUUGGAGUAUUUUAACGGGUCAAGCUUGCGAAUGUACAUCUAAUAUAGUAGGCCGUGAAGUUCGAGAAAUUGAAACAUGGAUGUUACGAUUGCUAAGUGCACCGGUGUCAAUUCCUGGAAAGACAAAAGUUUCAAUAAAUAUUCUUCCAAAUGAACCUCCAAUGUUAUUUGCUCUACCAGAUCAUACGAGAUUUUCUCUAGUAGAUUUUCCUUUGCAUUUACCCCUUGAAUUGCUUGGUGUUGAUUUAUGUAUACGUGUAUUAACAUUAAUUAUGCUUGAAAAUAAAGUUGUUUUUCAAUCGAGAGAUUACAAUGCUUUAACAAUGAGUGUGCUAGCAUUUGUAGCAUUACUUUAUCCACUUGAAUACAUGUUUCCUGUUAUACCACUAUUGCCUACAUGUAUGACUGGUGCUGAACAGCUUUUACUUAUUCCAACACCAUUUAUUAUUGGUGUACCAGCAAGUUUUUUUCCUUAUAAAGGUAUGGGCUCGAAAAAAUUCGAUGAUAUAUGGAUUGUAGAUCUAGAUACAAAUCAGAUUGUUCCACCACGACAUGCUGAACCAUUUUUUGAUAUACCAGAAUUCGAAUACUAUAUAUUAAGCAAUCAUUUAAAACAAGCAUUAGGUAGUAUGUCAGUAGAUAGAGAACCGAUACAAAAUUUUGAUACAAUAUCAAACGAUAAAUUUGAUACAACAGACUCGAAACCUUUAUCGUCCAUAGCAACCGAUCCAUUUGUAUAUGGAACGGACGUUGAUUCAGUUGAUAUUGCUACUCGAGUAGCAAUGGUUAGAUUUUUCAAUUCACCUAAUAUACUUGGACAUUUCAAUGAAUAUACAAGAACAUUGAGAUUGCAUCCAAGAGCCGUUGUUGCCUUUCAAUAUAGUUGUUUUGUACGAUCAAGACCUGUGAAAUCAGCCUUUAUUAUACGAUUAGCAAAAACACAAGCUGUUGAAUUCUUUGCCGAAUGGUCUCUAUGUCCAGAUAAUGUAGCAUUUUUACGUGUACAAACUGGUGUUUAUGAUCCAGCUCUAAUUGGUGAUAAAGCCAAAUGGUACAGUCAAGAUUUAAGAUCAAUACCGUUUAAUGUUGUUCAAGAAAAUAGUACACUCGGUCAAGCACUUAAUUCAUUGAAUGCAAAAUCGCAUGAUACUGAACAAACACCAACAGAUGAAAGUGGAAGUGAUUCCGAAGACGAAGAAGAUAGUUCAAAUUCUUGUUAUUCAUCAUUAAGUGAUUUUGUCUAUGAAAUGCGUAAUAGUGGAAUUUGCGGAGAAAUUCGGGAAAAUAAAAUUUAUCCAGAAAAUCAAGAAAAAACAGCCUGUGUGGAAUAUGCAACAGUUUUUAGUCCACCAGAACAAUUGCAAAUUCCACAAAAUCCAAAUAAAAUUUCACCAAUGACUGACUCAACGUUAAGUGUAAAUUCAAAUUCAGAUGAGACUUCCAAAUGUGAUUCACCUAUGGAGGGAAGCUAUCGAGUUGUACCAGAUCUAUCUGGAAUACGAAUGGACAUAGAUUCAAUAUCUCGUUCAGCUACAAUAACAUCUGCUACUAAAAAUGUUUCGAAAACAUCUCAAAAUGAAGAAAAUGGUAUACAACCAACACUAUUAGAAAGUUCCAUAGAAAUUCAUAUAAAUAAUGAAAAGCAAAGUAAUCAGGACUCAGAAAAUAAUGCACGUCUUAGUUCAUCGUUAUUUGAACAAAUGGGUGAUGAGAUCAAUGCAACUGUGGCUGGACGAGUUGUGACAAACAUAGCUAAAUUGGCAACAAAUAAAGUGUCAGAAUUAUUAACUUUCUCUGAUAAUCCAGUUAAAACAAUUCCAUCGAAUGCGAAUCGUUCUUUAUUAGACAUCAAACCAAAUCAGUCAACUGAAAAUUCUAAUGUAAUAAAAUAUAUUGGACGAAAUUUUAGUUCAAUAGUUGUUGAUCGUCCACGAGAAUUUUUUCGACAACAAAGUGUAGAAUUAAAAGCUAAUACGCACAAUGAAAGCCAAUUAUUUCUAAAAGAUAUUGUUACAAGUGUACUCGAUGGAUCAGGUAUCGGAUGGCUGAAAAUAAAUCGUGUGAAAAAAUUAAUGGAAGAUGAAAAUUAUAGAAAUUUUGUACUUGGUAGAUUGAAUGUGAGUUUGGACAGACGAUAUUCGGAUGAAGAUGCUCAUAUUGACGAUGUGAAAGUUAGUCGAGCCGUCUUUAAAGGUAUGGUAAACAUUUUACGUGCUGUUAUUCAAGGUCUUGAAGCAACAUUUGAAAAUAAUGGCGUCGGUGGUAUGGCAUCAACAUUUCAAUUACUUGAAAUUGCUCAUACACAUUACUGGAUCAAAGAUAGUACUGUUCGAAGUGACAUAAGUCCCAUGUCUGAACGCAAUAGUCCUCUUGUUGGUAGUCGUGAAAGUUUAGCAUCCAUCGAUCCCAAUGUCCCCGUUAACUCAACAGGUCUUUCAUCUAAUGUGCCGCUUCAAGAGAAGCCCAAUGAAUUAACAAGUCCGACUGCAAGUCUUGCUGCUCAAUUAGGAAAUUUCUGGCGUGAAUCCAAAUCAGUGUUAUCACGUAGUUUUGCGUCUGCAACACAAGCAACCGCUGCCUUUACACCGAAUUUUGAUUCGUUUUUAAAUCCACAACAUUCAUUUUCAUCUAAUGUACCGUAUUCUUCAACACACACUGUUAAUCCAUCAACACCCUCGAAUUUUCAUUCUAAUGAAAAUCUAUUAUUAAAUCAAACUUCUUCAAUGUUAAAUCAUAAUGACAUCGAACAGAAAAUCGAUCAGAUCGAAGUCGAUGGCGAUGAAUUUCAGAAUAUAGAAAUCGUAUCUGAUCCAAUAUCUAAUUCUAUGGAACCAUCUACUGCCGAAGUUAAUACUAGUAAUUUGAAUGCAACGACAAUGGAUAAUCAGAUUCGACCUAACUCAUUAAAUUUAAUUAUUGAACCAAAGUCUAAAACUUACAUCAGUAUUUCUCGUGUGAAUUCAGCAGGAACAUCCGAUGAAGAAAAUGGCGUAGAUUCUGCUUCAUCAACUAGACGUGAAUCGAAAAUAAAUCAGGAUCCUAGACGAUUAUCGACUAUAUCGACGGAGGAUAGAUUAAAAAAUGAACAUGCACUAUUAUUAUCAACAGUUAAAAGUUCAUUGUCUACUGGGUUCAGAUUUCGAAACGGAUCUUUAAUAGAAAUAACUGGAAAUAAUACUGUAUCGGUCAAUGAUAAACAAUAUAUAUUCGAAGUUCUUGCUGGUAGCGCUCGUAGUUAUCUAUGGGAUCAAAUGCAAAUUUGGGAAGAUAUGUUUCUCGAUGCUAUCGCUCAAGAACGUGAUAUUAUUGGUCUCGAUCAAGGUCCAGCUGAAAUGAUGGAACGUUAUUAUUCGUUGUCGCAAACUGAUCGAAGACGUCUUGAAUUAGAUGAAGAUCGUUUGUUAGCUGUACUACUUUAUAAUUUAAUUGCAUUUAUGGUCAUGAUGCGUGUCAGUAAAGACGAAAUUCGUCGAAAAGUGCGUCGAAUGCUUGGUCGAUGUCAUAUAGGUUUGUCAAUGAGUCAACAAGUAAACGAAUUAAUUGAUAACAUAGCUAAUUUGAAUGGCAAUGAUAUUGAUUUACGACCGGCAACUAGUCGUCUUUUGCAAAAGCAAAGUUUUACUGUACAUUGGGGAACCGAUAGUAGUGGUGAUAUGCUUUUUAUGGAGGUAUGGGAUGAUUGUAUUAUUCUUCGAAGUGUACUUGGUGAAGUUUAUGAUCGAUGUUGGUUUGAAAAAUUAGUGAAUAUGACAUUUUCUCCAAAGACUAAAGUAAUUUGCUUAUGGCGAAAAACUGAUAGUGAAACACAACUGAAUAAAUUUUAUACGAAACGAUGUCGUGACUUGUAUUUUUCAAUAAAAGAAUCCAUGGAGCGAGCAGCUAGUCGGAUGAAAGGUGCAUUGCCCGAUCAAGAACUUGGUGGAGAAUUUCCGAUAAAAAAUCUUAAUAAUGGUGAAGGUGGACUUUUAAAAGUUUGUCUUGAAGGCAUUUGGUUAACAUUCGAAAAUGAUAAAGAAUUGAUUGAUUUACAAAAAAUUCGAAAAUGUACAACCCAAAAAGGCGAUACAUUUGUCUUAGAAGAAUUCGAUUCGAAUACAAAGCAAAUGCUUACAAGAAAAUAUAAAUCUUCUAUGGCGAAUAAAAUUUUGCUUGCUUUUCAUCGUGUUGUUUCUAUUGUGCUUGAACAUCGAGAUAAAUCUGCUGUCAAUGAUGCUUUCAAUGAAACUAAUCGAAACUUGCAGCAGAUAACAAACGAAUUGGGCUGA